AUGUACAUGGUCAGAUGUGGCCUCAAAACUAAUGUACUGUUUUUUUCCUUUGAAUCAGCUUUUGUGCUUUCCGAACGACUCAUAACUAGGCGUUUUAGAUCAACCCUACAGAUAGAAGAUGAGAAGAACACCAUGGAAGGUCUCGUAAAACAUGAAAUGGUAUCUCCCGAAGAAGUUGAGUUUAAGUUGGCACAACUGCGGGAAUUCACUAAAACCCUUAAGAGCCGCAUUUAUAAUACCGAGUCGCCAAACUUAAGUAGCCACCAAAACAAUAGAAUCCCACCGAUGUCAGAGGACCUAAGGAAUACCGAUAGUAACAAAAGUUCACAUGUGACAAAUGAACGGUCUGUAACCGAGGAAAAUAAAUCCAAUGAUUUAUCCUAUCAAAUUCACUCUUCGUUUAUAGAGAAAAUCAAUGACCUUGUUCCGAAAGUUAUAAGAGAAAGGGUAGCAGACGACGAUUUCCUUGCGAAAUACCUUCUCGACAGAUCACACAGGAACUGGGCACCUAUAAUAGAUAAGCUUUAUAUUGGUGAGAAACGAUUGACAAAUACCGAUUCCAAGGAAUUAUCUGUCUGGCUAAAGGGUACAGUAAAAUAUCUACCAUUUCAUAAUAUACUCCAGUUGGACGAGAUGCUCCUGGAGCAAAUUGAUGGAGAUGUUGUCAAAUUCAAUACCCAUAUGUAUGAAUGCAUUUUUAACAAUUUAGGGAACUUAAAACCGAAUGGCUCCAAUCAGGAUGGUAUUAUAAAUGACGAAGUAGUCCUAAAAAUGAAAGAGUUAUUAGAGAGAUACGAUAAUGCAUUGUCCACAAUUGAAGAUAGACGUGCUAAAAAACAGGGACCACCUUUAAGAGUACCAAAGAUGACCCAAUCAUUAUUCAAUAGUUGCCUAAAAUAUUCAACCAAAUGCUCUAGCUUCAACGACAUGGAGUAUUUUAUCACGAAAUUCAGAGAAAAUUAUGGCAUAUCACCAAAUAAGCAAAAUCUAACUACAGUCAUACAAUUCUACUCUAGAAAGGAAAUGACUAAGCAAGCCUGGAAUACUUUUGACACCAUGAAAUUCUUAUCUACGAAACACUUUCCUGAUAUCCGUACAUAUAAUACGAUGCUACAAAUAUGCGAAAAGGAAAGAAAUUUUCCAAAAGCUUUAGACUUAUUCCAAGAAAUACAAGACCACAAUAUAAAGCCUACAACAAACACUUAUAUAAUGAUGGCAAGGGUAUUGGCUGCUUCGAGUAGUAAUAACGUCGUGAGUGAAGGAAAGCCAAGUUCAUUAAGACUGUUAGGAUGGAACUAUCUUCAUGAGUUGGAAGAAAAGAACCUUUACAGACACAAAAAGGACGAGAUGAAUUUGUUUUUGGCUAUGAUGGCAUUGGCUGCCUAUGAUGGAGACGUUGAAUUAAGUAAAGCACUGUAUUACUUGUUUAUUGGGAAAAAGUACAAAACUGUAUGCGCUAGUUGGAAUGGAAACAUUCUCAAAGAUCAAGAUAAAAUAUGGAAAUCAGUUUUAUCACCAGAGAUGUUGAAUUACUUAAUGCUUGCCUAUGCAAGAUUCGACCCUAGUAAAUUGCCUAUCUUAUCUGGCUAUGAAAAAGGUAUUGAGUUGAGGAGAAAGUUUCUUCGCGAAUUUGAUUCCUUCUCGAGAUUAGACGAUGCUAAUAACGCUAUCAAAUUCAAAUUACCGUUUCUUCCGAUUAAUAACCUAAAUUUGGAGGCACAGGUAUUGGCGGAAUCUAGUGCAAUCUGGAACUUCAACUUGGAAAAUGGAGGAACGUACAGUACAUUGACAUCUAAAAACGGAACGGUACAGGAGGCGAUAAGAAAAGAUGAAAUGUUGUUUAAUUCAUUUGCACGUGAAGCAAAGGACUUAAGUGACUUCAAAUUCAAAGUUAUGUAUGAAGUGACAAAAAGACAAAGGGAAAGUAUUAACGUAAAUGUGUUCAAUAGGAUUUCCCUACACACAUAUCUGACAAUCCCCAUAAAUUUGAAACAUCAAAAGGAGUUUCUGGAAAGAUUAACAAUCUUUACUUUCCAACAACAUGAAUUUGAAGCGGUCUUAAGGCGUUUAUAUGAAAAUUGCCGUAACCUUCCCUUUUUGUCUGAUCAAGUUGGUCAGAAUCAAGUGUCGAGUGAACCGGUCCCUGCAUCUGAGGCGGAGAUCAAAGAAGAGUCGACUGUAAGAAUGGAUGAUAUAUGGUAUAUCACAUCUCUAAGAUGGAAAAUUAUGAUGGAUACUACGGUAUAUGAAUUAGUGAUGAAAGCUGCUACAGAAUUCCAAAAUGAGGACUUAGCUAAGAAGGUGUGGAACGAUAGGGGUAAAUUUAGGACGACCAUACCCUUUUUACAAUUGGAUCAACGAACGAGGGUAUCGAAGGACCAGAAAUUUGCGCAUUCCAUGGUUGAAUUUUUCACUAAACAGGGAAAGUAUUCUGAUGCUAUGGCCAUUGUACUAUCUUCAAAAAAUCGAUUUAACUGGACAUAUUCCAUGGUUAAAAACUUGCACCAGGCAUUAGAAGGAAUCGAAGACAGCAACAGUGUUGAAAUAUUGCUAGAUGUGGUAAACAAAAAAUCACACGCAAGAGCCAUAAAAUGGGAACAAAGAGAACUUCAGAUUUAA